AUAUUGGCCCUCUCGUGGAAAAGAUCGAUGAUCCAAAGAUGGUUAAUGACCCAGAAUUAAGGGAAGUUAUAAGAAUGUUGGACAAGGCUUGUAAAGAUGCGGGAUUCUUCUAUGUGAAGGAUCAUGGUAUAGCUGAUUCAUUGGUUAAAGAAGUUAGAGAUAUCGCUCACAAAUUCUUUGGUCUUCCUUAUGAGGAUAAAUUAAAGAUUAAGAUGACACCAGCAAGUGGAUAUAGAGGAUAUCAAAGGAUUGGGGAAAAUGUAACCAAGGGAAAGCCUGACAUGCAUGAAGCUAUUGAUUGCUAUAGGGAUAUUGAGCCUGGAACAUAUGGAACUCUUGGCAAACCUUUAGAAGGAUCCAAUUUAUGGCCUGAUUAUCCUUCACACUUCAAGGAACUGAUGGAAGAAUAUAUCUGCCUUCUCAGAGAUCUUUCAAGAAAGAUAAUGCAUGGAAUUGCUUUAGCCUUGGGUGGGCCAGCAGAUGCAUUUGAAGGUCCAGUAGCAGGAGAUCCUUUUUGGGUAAUGCGACUAAUUGGAUAUCCAGUCUCAUCUGAUAUCCCAGAGACACAACGUACAGAUACAGGAUGUGGAGCUCACACAGAUUAUGGUCUUCUAACAUUGGUUAACCAAGAUGAUGAUAUUCAUGCUCUUGAGGUGAGAAACCGGUCUGGUGAGUGGAUAUGUGCUGUUCCUAUCCCUGGUACUUUUGUUUGUAACAUCGGUGAUAUGCUAAAGAUCUGGUCUAAUGGAUUAUAUGAGUCAACUCUACAUAGGGUGGUUAACAACUCUCCAAAGUAUCGUGUUUCUGUUGCAUUCUUUUAUGAGCCAAAUUUUGAUACAUGCAUAAUGCCGGUAGAUUUUUGUAAGCAAAAGACAGGUGGAAUCGCAAAGUAUGAAGAGGCUGUUUAUGGAGAGCAUUUAGCUCAAAAGGUCCUAACCAACUUUGUUAUGUAGUGGGUUGUUACAGUUACAUUCUUCAAAUGUUAAAAUACUUUAGACUUGUUUAAUAAUGAGCUAUGGUGCUUGAGUUUGUCCAUUUAUUAAUGGAAUAAUGUUUUCUAUAUCCUAAUAUCUUUAUUUUCUCCCUUGUGUUUCUCUACUCUUCCUAGUCUAGAAGCUUUGGAUGAAUCCAAUUCCAUCAAUGAUGCAACCAUUGAUUUUACUGAUGUAAUCAUAGAAUUGGUAAUGCAGAUUUUUUAGAAAA